AUGCUAAAAUCGAAGUCGCACGAGCAGGACAACAUGGCCCAACAGGCCGCAGAGACACGCAAGAAGCUGGAGGAGGAGCAGACACGUGUGGGCAGCAUGGGGCAGCAGCUGAAGCGAGCCUGUCAGGAGAAGCAGCAAUCGAAGGAUCUACUGGCGGACACGCAGAAGAAAUGCCGGAGUCUGGAGAGCCGCCUCGAUAAACUGCGCGAGAAGAAGAAGUGGGCGGAGCAGUGCAAUACCCAGCUUGAGUCCAAGUUGCAGCAGACCCUCAUCCAGUGCAAGCAGCUCAAUGAAAAAUGCACCCAUAGCGGCGAGAUGCUGGAUAGGAAACAGAUCGACUUUGAUAAAAUCACAAAGCAAUACAACGCCCUGGAGUCGGACUUUGAGGCCAUGCUGCUGGAGAAGGAGGUCAAGAUACAUGAGUUGAAGGGCUCGCUCGAACUGGCCCAGAGUAGAUGCCAGCAGCUGGAGUCAGAGAGCGUGCGCCAGCAGCAGUACAUCAAGCAGCUGGAGGCCAGGCGGGCGACCUUGGAGCACAGCAAUGCCCAGCUGAACAAGGAGCUGCUCCUGCUGCAUGAUCAGGAGCAGGAGGCACUACCUACCGUGGCCACAUUGAGUGAGGAGAAAACGCGACAGCAACUGCGCCUUGUGCAAAUGGAAAAGGAAUGGGGCGCAGUAAAACAAAAUUUGGCCACAAGCUAUUCGCAGCUACAGCAGAAAAUUAAUCCGUUGAUAAACGAACGGGAUGCGCUGCUGUCCACGAAGCGGGAGACAGCGGAUGCGUUGCGCCUGGAGCUGGAUCGGCACCAAGGCCUCUUGGUAGCUGCCCAAACGGAGGUGGAUCGACUGACCCAACUGCACGCAGAGACCUCACACGAGAAGGAUGUGCUCAGCUACGAGCUGCAGGAGCAGCGCGAACAAUUCGUCAAGCUCGAGCAAAGUCUACAGAGCUUCCAGUUCAAUGCAGAGCAGCAGGCCAAAAGGCUGGCGUCAGAGAAGAAGAGUCUGCAGAGCGAGCUGCAGCAGUUGCAGAGCGAGCUGCCGCAGUUGCAGGCGAUAUGUGAGCCAGAGAACUGCAGUAGCUGUGCAGAGAAGUUGGCUGAAAUUCGUAGUGCUGAGAUUCAAAUGAGCAGGCUGCAGAAGAUCAACAAGAGGCAGGCGAAAAUCCUAAAGGAACACUAUGUGGAUGUGGACAAGGCGUGGACGCUGCAGAGCCUCUGCGCCCGCACCACAACUGUGGACAGAGUCUGCUCACGGGGCUCAAGAGGAAUGCCGAGCAAUUCAAGUCGUUUAUCAGCAGGAAAAGCAGGUAAAGCAGGGCGCCAGUAG